AUGGAACCUCACGAAGCACAAGACGAUUUAGAAAGCGCAGAUAGGCGCAUGCGAAUUGCUGAAAAAGAAAUAGAGCAACUUGGGAUUACGCAAGGAGAGUUCGAUAGCCUUGAAAACGACUUCCAAACUGUCUUGCAAGACAUCGCAGGAGACAAAACUUUGGAACGGUUUCGAUUAGAAUACGAGAAACUCCACAAGGCUCUAAAAACUUCUCAUGAAACAGAGAAAAAACUCAUAAAAAGAUGCAAAGAGCUUAACAGCGAAAUUUCAGCCCAUGCUGUUAAAGUUCAAAUUGCCCUCAAGCUAAGUCAAGAAGACAACAACGCAAUGGAUCAAGUCAAACAAGACGUUGAAAGAACAUGGAAACUUGUAGACCAAACGCGAGAAAGAGAAGAAACGCUCAAGUCUCGCCUCUCUGAUUUACGAUUUGAACUUGCUGAAUUAACUCGCAGAAUUGACGCUGAUGAAACAGCCCCAGUUGAGCAGCAAGCUUUGCUUGAAGAUUUAAAAAAACAAAAAGAUGAAGCCUUAGAAGUAAACAGCUUGAGAAUCCAAACUUUGAAAGAUUUAAGAAAUUUAAAUGCAGAAUGCUUAAAGAAGAAGACAGAUCUUGAAGAUUGUAAAAGGAACUUUUUGAAUGACAUUAAUGAGGUAAAAGAAGGUAUUGAUAAAGCAAACACAGAUGCGGAAACUGAAGAAAAAAGGAAAAGAGACAUGGAAAAAAACCUUGAAGGGACAAAAAAAACUUAUGAGCAAAUCCAAGAUGAAGUGAAAAACAAGGAGGAACAAAAGGUGCAGAUUAAUAGAGAAAUUGAUAAUUUAAGGGCGAAUAUACAGGAUUUGAAAGAUGAAAAACAAAAAAUACAAGAUAAAAUAAAAACAGCAGAAAACUAUAAUGACAAGCUAACAGAAGGACUUAGGAAUACAGAAGAAACCAACCAAAAUUUGAUAGGCGAGGCUCAAGCAAAAGAGACUGAAAUAAAAAGAAUCCAAGAAGAAUUAAAUAGAAAGCAGGCUGACAACCAAAGAGCACACAAAGAAAUAAUCGUGAUGCAGAAGAAGAUAAAAACAGUUACCCAAGAAAAAACUGAAGUGGAAUAUCAAAAAGAUUUCGCAAAAAAUAAACUCCAAGAUCUAACAAAUAGGAAUACAGAACUUAGAAGAGAAAAUGACGUGGAUAAAAAAGCUAUUGAAGCAAUGAUGAGAGAAAUCAACAAAAUGAAUAAAGACUGCAUUGACAUGGAAGGUCUUGCAAGGCUUCAGUCUGAUGAAAUUAUUAUGAAAAAUAAUGAGUUCAGGAAAAUCAGCAACGAAGUAAAAGCAAGCAAAAAAGAAAUUGCAAAACUCAAAGCUUUGAUUUACCAGCUUAAAAGAGAUGAAGAUAAAUACUCUUUAGAAGCUUCAAAUGCUUAUUCAAAGUACAUUCAGACCUUAGAGCAAGUAAAAUAUAAGAAUUCCAUGAUAUCGCAGCUCCAAAGGGAUAAUCUUGAUGCUGAAGCUAAGCUAAAACAGCAACAAAAUUUAUAUGAAGCUGUAAGAAGUGAUAGAAAUAUUUAUUCAAAAACUCUUUUGGAGUCCAAUGAAGAAAUUGAUGAGCUCAGAAGAAAAUAUAAAAUUUUGCAGCACCAAAUAACAAAACUGAGAGAAGAAAUUUCUUCAAAAAAUAAUCUCAUUAGAGAGCAGCGUCAAAGCCACAGUAACCUAGAAGAGGAAAACAAAACAAAUGAGCAAAAGCAGAAAAGGCUUGAAGAAAAGAAAAAGGAAAAAGAAGGGUACAUAAGAAAUUAUGAAAACCAAAUCUCAAAACUUAAAUAUUAUAUUGCUGAAGCUGAGCAAGAAAAAAUGAAGCAAAAAAAGGAGUAUGAAAUGGUUAUUAAUGAUAGAGACAUUUUAGGUACCCAGCUUAUCAAGAGAAAUGAAGAGUUAGCAAGCUUAUAUGAAAAAAUCAAAAUUCAGCAGUCAACACUAGCUAAAGGUGAGGUUCAAUAUCAAGAAAGAGUGAUUGAAGCAACUUUACUUAAAAAUCAAAUUGCAGGGCUUAAGCGUGAAUAUUUAAUUGCGAAAAACCAGGUCUCAAGCACCUCAGAACUGAAAAAAGAAGUAUAUCGUCUUCAAAAAGACUUAAUGAUUGUUAGGACAAAAAUUAAAGCCCUUUCUGAAGAGCUCCAAAAUCCUAUGAAUGUUCAUAGAUAUCGUAAGCUUGAAGGAACUAACCCUGAAACAUAUGAGAUGAUAACGAAAAUUCAAACUCUUCAGAGGAGGCUAAUUGCAAAAACUGAAGAAGUCGCGGAAAAAGACUUCUUGAUACAAGAAAAAGAAAAACUUUAUAUAGAACUGAAAAAUAUUUUAGCUCGACAGCCAAAGCCUGCAGUUGCAGAGCAGCUUGGAGUUUAUCAAGAAAAUCUGAAGGAAAAGACAAAGCAGAUGAAAAAUAUGAUCAAUGAGCUCAAUAAUGCCCAUGCACAAGUUAAUAGACAUAGAUUUGAAAUAGAGAGACUAAAUAGAGAUAUAGCUGCUAUGAAGGAGGUAUGGUUUGACCAGAGGAGAAAGGAAAAGAAACUGAAAACCAUUGAAGAAGAAGCAGAAAAUUAA